CGCGCGCGUGUGUGUGUGUGUGUGUGUGUGUGCGAGCGCGCGACAGUGCGCGAGAGAGAGCCUCUCAGCUUUUCCUCCCGUCCGGCCGUACAGGAGCUGGAGCGCGCGAGCGAGCGAGCGAGCGACGGAUAAACAAGCGCGUUCAGCACGAGCGAGACACGGCGCCGCACAGAGGUACAGAAGCCUCGUGCCCGUGAGUAGGAGGAGACGGUGCUGAAGCCCCGGUGGGUCCUCCAUGGCCUCCAAGCUGAACCCCAACGUGCUGUAUGUGCGUGAGCCAAACAGUGGUGCUGGGGACGCGGGAGAUGAGUCCUCAGACAGUGACGGUGAACCGGAGGAGACCUGCCAUAAGCUCAUCCGGAAGGUGUCCACUUCCGGUCAGAUCCGCGCCAAGAAGAGUGUGAAGGAGGGUCUUCUGUUGAAGCAGACAAGCUCCUUUCAGAGAUGGAAGAGAAGGUACUUCAAGUUAAGAGGCCGGACUCUCUACUAUGCCAAAGAUUCAAAGUCACUUAUAUUUGAUGAAGUGGAUCUUUCUGAUGCCAGUGUGGCGGAAACCAGCACGAAGAACAUCAACAACAGCUUCACAGUGAUCACUCCAUUCCGGAAGCUGAUGUUAUGUGCGGAGAGCAGGAAGGAGAUGGAGGAUUGGAUCGGCGCUCUGAAGUCUGUACAGAAAUGGGAGACAUACGAGGCCAGCCAAUUUAACAUGGAACAUUUCUCUGGGAUGCAUAACUGGUAUGCCUGUUCCCACGCUCGUCCCACCUUCUGCAACGUCUGCAGGGAGGCGCUGCCUGGGGUCACGUCACACGGCCUGUCCUGCGAAGUGUGCAAAUUUAAAGCCCAUAAACGCUGUGCCGUCCGAUCCACUAACAACUGUAAGUGGACCACUCUGGCAUCCAUAGGGAAUGACAUCAUAGAGGAUGAAGAUGGGGUGUCCAUGCCCCAUCAGUGGCUGGAGGGGAACCUGCCAGUCAGUGCGAAGUGUGUGGUUUGUGAUCGGAACUGUGGCAGUGUGCGCAGACUGCAGGAUUGGCGCUGCCUGUGGUGCAAAGCCAUCGUGCACAGUAGCUGCAGGGAGCAGUUGGGAAAAACUUGUCCACUGGGUCAGUGUAAAGUGUCCAUCAUCCCUCCCACCGCUCUCAACAGCAUUGACUCUGAUGGUUUCUGGAAGGCUACCAGUCCGUCCUGUACCAGUCCUCUGCUGGUACUGGUGAACAGUAAGAGUGGAGAUAAUCAGGGAGUGAAGUUUCUUCGCAAGUUUAAACAGCUGCUCAACCCAGCGCAGGUCUUUGACCUUAUGAAUGGAGGACCACAGCUGGGACUGCGACUCUUCCAGAAGUUUGAGACAUUCCGUAUCCUGGUGUGUGGUGGUGAUGGCAGUGUGGGCUGGGUGCUGUCAGAACUGGAUAAACUGGGACUGCACAAACAGUGUCAGUUGGGAGUGCUGCCUCUGGGUACGGGUAAUGACCUGGCGCGGGUGCUGGGUUGGGGUGGGCUGUGUGACGAUGACGCUCAACUGCUGCAGAUACUGGAGAAACUGGAGAGAGCUACAACCAAGAUGCUGGAUAGAUGGAGUAUAACGACAUACGAAGUUCCCACCAAGAAUACUCCUGUAAUUGUUAAGGAGGAUGAUCCACUGGACUCUCCACUCCAGAUUACUCACUAUGCCGACUCUGUUGCCACCCAUCUGACGAAGAUCCUUGACUCAGACAAGCACAGUGAUGUCAUAUCCUCUGCUAAGUUUUUGUGUGGGACAGUGAAUGACUUUGUGGCUGAGGUUGGUAAAGCCUAUGAGAGAGCUACAGAGAAUAAGGAGGAGGCGGAUGCAAUGGCUAAAAAGUGUGCGAUGCUGAAUGAAAAGCUGGACUCUCUGGUGCGGGCCCUGAGCGAAGAAGCCGAUGCUCAGCUGGUGCCCGCCGGUUCCCAGUCGCCGGAGCAGGAGGGUGAGGAGAGCGGCUCCGACGCUCCGGGGGUCCUCAGACCUUUCAGAUCCAGAGAGCAGCUGAUGCUGAGAGCAAACAGCCUGAAGAAAGCCCUCCGGCAGAUCAUAGAGCAAGCGGAGAAAGUGGUAGAUGAGCAGAACAGGCACACGCAGGUCCAGAGGAUGUCUUCCUGCUCGUCAAUCAAAAGAGGAAGCAGUGAGGACCUCAAAGAGGCGGAGCCACGUCAAAGUGCCAUCAGUCCCACCUCCACUGGCCCCAUAGUGCUGGAGAAACCAGACAGCUGCAACAGCGCCAUUUCUUUUACUGAGGAAUCUGUGCAGUGCACAGAGAAGUGUGUGAUGAAUAACUACUUUGGGAUCGGCCUGGAUGCCAAAAUCUCUCUGGAGUUCAACAACAAGAGGGAUGAGCACCCGAAGAAGUGCAGCAGCCGCACGAAAAACAUGAUGUGGUACGGUGUACUGGGGACUAAAGAGCUGGUCCAGAAAACCUACAAGAACCUGGAGCAGAGAGUGCAACUGGAGUGUGAUGGAGUGCCCAUGUCCUUACCCAGUCUUCAGGGUCUGGCUGUGUUGAACAUCCCUAGCUAUGCAGGUGGCAUCAACUUCUGGGGAGGAACCAAAGAAGAUAACAAUUUUGGAGCUCCGUCGUUUGAUGAUAAGAAGCUGGAGGUGGUGGCGGUGUUUGGGAGCAUGCAGAUGGCCAUGUCUCGCGUCAUUAACAUACAGCAUCACCGCAUUGCCCAGUGUCGACAGGUGAAGAUCAUCAUUAAGGGUGAUGAGGGAGUUCCUGUGCAGGUGGACGGGGAAGCUUGGAUUCAGCCACCCGGCAUUGUUCAGAUCAUCCACAAAAACCGCGCCCAGAUGCUCACCAGAGACCGGGCGUUUGAGAGCACGCUGAAAUCGUGGGAGGAUAAGAGGAAGUAUGACAGCUGUCGCUCCUCCCGACCGCGCCUCAACUCCCAGCAGUCCAUGGAGUACCUGACCGAGGAGGAGUGCGCUCAGGUCCAACAGCUCGGCCUGGUGGCUGAUUCACUCAUCAACAGGAUAAGGGAGGCUGCUAAGACUCAUAAGGUGGUUGAGCAGGAGUUGGCUCAUGCUGUGAAUGCCAGCGCUGCUGUUCUGUCUGAGGCUUUUCCCUCCAAACCCUCCAGCCCUGAGCAGUGCCUGAGUCGCAGCACGGCGGUGGAGAUUGUGAACAGCAGUAAAGUGCUUCAGCUGGAGACCAGGAUGCUUUUAGAAGGAAAGUUACUGCAGCUGGAGGCUCCUCAGGAAGAAGAGCUCCUCUCCACCCUCAACUCUCUCAGCGCUGAAUUAAUCAAACUGGAGGACAUCCACUGGAUCUGCCCCAGCAUGCACUGCUCCGAGGAGGACUCCUCCCGGACCAGUGCUAAGAGCAGUAUGAAGCUGAAGAUCAUGCCCAAAGUGAAGAAGGAGAGAGAGAAGCUCCACAAGCAGCGCUCCAACAGCUCUCUCUCAGUGGAGAGAUGGGGUGCGGAGGAGGUGGGCACAUGGCUGGAUUCGCUGGGGUUAGGGGAAUACAGGGAGAGGUUUGUGGCCCGGGACAUCCAGGGCUGGCAGCUGACUCAGCUCCAGAGACAAGAUCUGAAGGAACUUGGGAUAUCAAAAGUGGGGCAUGUGAAACGGAUCCUGCAGGCAAUUGAAGAGCUGGAGGGUCUUCUGUAGUGUCACGGUGCUGUCGGACACACUUCGCCACAGGAAGCUGCCUUUCAUUGAGGAAGAAAUGUUUGGAGCUGAAUAUCACACAUAAAACACACACACACACACGUACACACACUUACACAAACAAACACACACAUUCUUCUGUGAGUGGGCACAGACGUGAGAGGCAUCACACUGAAAGGCAUCACAUUGUGAUGCAACGACAUAUCUUGUCCUGUUCGCUGCCUGCUGGCAGUUUUGGCGAUGCUGAUUGACAGACAUUGGGUGUAAACUACAACUCCCACAAUCCUUUUCUUCUCAUCUGGCUUUCCUUUCCAUUGGUUCCUGUUUCUUGUGUGAGUUCACGUGGUUCCCCCUCCAUGCAUGAAAGUUUUUUUUUUUUUUUUCUCCUUUUCUUUCUUUAAAACUUUUUCUUCUUUUUACCUUUAUUGACGCGUUCGAAGCCAUGAGAAACAAACUGGACUGAUUUGUUCUUUUAAAAGAAAUAGAAAAAAGGGAAAACAUUAUUUUUUCUGUUUGCUGGCAUUCGAACAAUGCUAAAGGAACAAACCCAAUCUCUGUAUGUGUAUGAUCUACCACAGUGGACAUUCUUAACAAGAAGUGCAAAAAAAAGCAUCUUGAAUGUAUUGUGGACCUGUAUUACCUGUCCGAAUCGGCAGAGCUGCAUAGUAGCUACUUCUGUCUGUAUCUAUUCAAAGACAGUCGAUGUUUCUCUGCAUGCCUUUCGAGCCCACGAUCCUUGAGCAGAAAAAACAAAAGCCGCAGGACUCUUCUCUUUUAUUAUUUUCCUGGUUUUGUUUUUACUUUUCUCUUUGGUCGUCUGCGAAGUUGUGCUGUUGUACCACUCGUGUGCCAGGUGAGCUGUUGUUCUAGAAGCUUUCAGUGACGUAAACUUGUGCCAAGUUUCCUCGACACGUUUUUUUUCUCUGAGGAAUCUCCUGAGGGGGGCUAAUCACACGGUGUCGUACAUUUCAUGACGUGUUUUAUCUUAUUGCCUUGCACUUUAAAGAGGAGUAACAGUCUUUCGGAAGCAAACUUGAAAGUCGUGUAUUGUAAAUUUUUAUCAUAUUAGUAAAAGUGUAUCCCUAUUUAUGGCAAAUCUAUUGAUAAAUGUGUGAUACAGGAAUAAUAUAUUGUCAGACUUUAAUGAACAUUAUACCCAUGUCUCUAUUUACAGGGUUGGAUUGCGUAAUCUUGCAUAAGGUUUGAAUAGUUCCAUAUAAUAACAUUAUAUGAUCUGUGUGUGGAAAUGAAUCAAUUUCUUAUACUGAAUGAGGAGGACUUUUAUUUUGAAGUUGUCUAAGGUACGGCUCACAGUCAGCCUUUUAUUGAUACAUGACUGCACAGUUCUGUCUGAGUGGGAUAAACAGAGCUGCUAUAAAAUAUGAAGGUAAAAAAAAAACAUAUUUAGAGACAUUAAACAUUUCCAUUCCAUCAAGUUUUAAAUAAAUUGUUUCGUCAAUUAAGUAAAUAAUUAACUAAAUUUAACCUCAAUUUAAUCUGUUUCAACAAUUUAACGAAGCGCGCUCUCAGUUUAAUAAUACAUUUUUCCUAAUUUAAUAAAAACAUCCUUUCAUUUAACAUUUUGUUUUCUCCUUCCCUCAUUUUAGCAAUCCGUUCCAUCAGUACAUGAGUUAAACUGAGGCACCAAUUUAUUAAUCUGAUUCUCCGUGUUAUUUAAAUGUUAUUUUUUUACCUCCAUACUUCAGUGUCUCUUUAGGGAUGGAGCGCUACAGUGACAGUUCUCAAAAUCAACAGAAAUAAAGACAGGAAGCAGAAAGAACACCUGCAUUGGUAGUUAUGGGCUAUGAUGUCAUGAGGUAGUUAUUUUUCUUUAAACAAAAGAGGGAAAAACAGCAUUGUAAACUUACAACAUUUACUGGACACUUAAGUGAAAGGCUGGACUGUGAUAUGUACAUGUGCUUGUAUGAAGACUCUUGCUGUUUGUUAUACGGUUGUGAUCAAAGUCUACUGUUUGCUAAAAAAAAAACACAAAAAAACAACACUGUUCCCCUCAUCUCCUAAAAGUGUCAAACUAUUGUUCUAGUGUUAGCCGAGGUACACGAUAAAAAAAAAAGGAAAAUCUUGAUUUCUUAUAAAAGUGGCACCAAAAAGAGGCCGUUCCACCUUUUUUUGGUUAUCCAUUUUACAGCAAAGGCAAGACUACUGCUUACUGUUUAUUGUUUACUCUUACUGAAGUUUAUUAUUUAUCAUUUUUGAAUUAUUUAAAAUUCUUAUUUUUUGUGCCAUAUGGGUUGCAGUCCAGCUUCCAUGGCUCUAGGUCCGUCCUUUGGCUGCUAACACCUCUACUUCAGGAUUGUUGCUGUUUUAUUUGAAGCGAAAAUAAAGUGUGGCCAUCGCUA